AUGAAUCUUGACGAACUUUGGAGUGAAUAUAAAAGUAACCGAGACGGUGAUCAUUAUACAGAUAACGCUUCUGUAAUUUUUGUCCCGACAGCUUCUGGCGCACGAGGUUAUGAUGCCGUUAGACAAUUCUUGGCAAAGGCAUAUGAUCCUCGCGUACUCAAAAUAACCGAAAGACCAGUUUACAGAACAAUUGGGACUGAUUCCGUCGUUGAAGAGGCGGAAAUUACAAUUCUUUUUGUUAGCGGCGAUGGUGCUUGGAUCGUACCUGGUGUUGACAGUAGACACACAAUUGAUAACAAAGUCGUCAUUCCAAUGGUAACUUCGGCAUUAUAUGAAGGUGAUAGAAUCUCUUCAAUUCGCGUUUAUUGGGAUCAAGCUUCUGUGUUGAAACAACUUAAAUUAAUUUCUGAGAAGAGUCCUUGGCCAGUAAUAACUGACAAACAGGUUGAUGCAUUGAUUAAUCCUCCAAAUGUACAUCUCAAUCCAUUUAGUAAAAAUCUUCUCAGUGCUGGUUUGUCGCUAAUGAAUUCCAAUGCGCAAAUGAAAGUCGAUGAGCAAAUAGAACAACAACAACCUCGUCGUAAUAUCCAUACUUCUAGCCGCGUUAGUCAACCUGGUGGUACUGGUGGCAAAUCUUCAAUAGUUUUCAGCCACGAUACUGAAGAUCCUGCUGCUAGUCGUACCAGAUACAAUUCAAACAAGAAUGCUUCACAUUUCUCUAUUGGUGAAAAUGACAAUGACGAUAAUAUUUCUGAAGCUGGUUCAAUCACUGGUUCCAGCAAACGACGAGGAAAAUCUCAGUUUGAAUCAGGUGUCGAAUUUGGUACCAAUAAAUCCGAACAUUCAACUCGCCGCAUCUUAAAACCUCCUGAAUCUCAAAUCACCUUUGGUUAA